ACGCCUAGCAAGCACCCAGAUUGGGAGGAGCGCCGGUGGGGGAAGACCGCGCGGGUGGCGGAGGCGGCCGGAGCGAGCGGGAGAUGGAGGCGCUGUGAGCGCGGCCCGGGCGGCUUGACGGGCGGGGGUUGGCGGAGGCAGGGGGAUCCGUCAGGGCAGCGCGGAGCCGCUUUCCCCGCAGCAGCCGCAGCCUCGGCCGCCUCUCCUCGCUUCUCCCAGGAUGUCGCGCUCGGUGCUGCAGCCCAGCCAGCAGAAGCUGGCCGAGAAGCUGACCAUCCUCAACGACCGCGGCGUUGGCAUGCUGACUCGCCUCUACAACAUUAAGAAGCAAGGACAAGUAUGGAAGGCUUGUGGAGAUCCAAAAGCUAAACCUUCAUAUCUUAUUGAUAAAAAUCUGGAAUCAGCUGUUAAAUUCAUAGUCAGAAAAUUUCCAGCUGUCGAGACACGCAACAAUAAUCAACAGCUAGCUCAGCUGCAGAAAGAGAAAUCAGAAAUUCUGAAGAAUCUGGCUUUAUAUUACUUCACUUUUGUUGAUGUUAUGGAAUUUAAGGAUCAUGUCUGUGAACUAUUGAAUACUAUCGAUGUUUGCCAAGUUUUCUUUGAUAUUACGGUAAACUUUGAUUUAACAAAGAACUAUCUAGACUUAAUCAUAACCUAUACAACAUUAAUGAUAUUGCUGUCUCGGAUUGAAGAACGGAAAGCCAUCAUAGGAUUGUACAACUAUGCUCAUGAAAUGACGCAUGGAGCCAGUGAUAGAGAGUACCCACGUCUUGGCCAGAUGAUCGUGGAUUAUGAGAAUCCAUUGAAGAAAAUGAUGGAAGAAUUUGUACCACAUAGUAAAGCUCUUUCAGAUGCCCUAAUCUCCCUUCAGAUGGUCUAUCCUCGUCGAAACCUUUCAGCUGAUCAGUGGAGAAAUGCCCAGCUCUUGAGCCUCAUCAGUGCUCCCAGCACAAUGCUUAAUCCUGCUCAGUCAGACACAAUGCCAUGUGAAUAUCUCUCUCUGGAUACAAUGGAAAAGUGGAUAAUUUUUGGAUUUAUUUUGUGCCAUGGAAUCCUGAAUAGUGAUGCAACAGCUUUGACCCUUUGGAAACUUGCUCUUCAAAGCAGCUCUUGCUUGGCUCUCUUUCGGGAUGAAGUUUUUCAUAUUCAUAAAGCUGCUGAAGAUUUGUUUGUAAACAUAAGAGGCUAUAACAAGCGUAUCAAUGACAUAAGAGAGUGCAAGGAAGCCGCUGUAUCACAUGCAGGUUCAAUGCACAGAGAAAGGCGCAAGUUUUUACGGUCUGCGCUAAAAGAGCUAGCCACUGUCCUGUCAGAUCAGCCAGGACUCUUGGGUCCCAAGGCCCUGUUUGUAUUUAUGGCAUUAUCCUUUGCUCGUGAUGAAAUUAUUUGGCUGCUUCGACACGCAGAUAAUAUGCCUAAGAAAAGCGCGGAUGAUUUCAUAGAUAAGCACAUAGCAGAACUUAUUUUCUAUAUGGAAGAGCUUAGAGCACAUGUACGAAAAUACGGCCCAGUGAUGCAAAGAUACUAUGUUCAGUAUCUAUCAGGUUUUGAUGCAGUUGUUUUAAAUGAACUUGUACAGAAUCUUUCAGUGUGCCCUGAAGAUGAAUCCAUCAUUAUGUCUUCUUUUGUAAACACUAUGACCUCCUUGAGUGUGAAACAAGUUGAAGAUGGAGAGGUAUUUGACUUCAGAGGAAUGAGGCUUGAUUGGUUUAGAUUACAGGCUUAUACUAGUGUGUCUAAGGCGUCACUCAGUCUUGCAGACCACAGAGAACUUGGAAAGAUGAUGAACACAAUCAUUUUCCACACAAAAAUGGUAGACUCUUUGGUUGAGAUGUUGGUAGAAACAUCAGAUCUUUCUAUAUUUUGUUUUUACAGUCGUGCUUUUGAGAAGAUGUUUCAGCAAUGCUUGGAAUUGCCCUCCCAGUCCAGAUACUCAGUCGCAUUCCCGCUGCUUUGCACUCACUUUAUGAGCUGUACCCAUGAACUGUGCCCAGAAGAGAGACACCAUAUUGGUGAUCGCAGCCUCUCCUUGUGUAACAUGUUUUUGGACGAAAUGGCUAAACAGGCCCGGAAUCUUAUCACAGAUAUUUGUACAGAGCAGUGUACCCUGAGUGACCAGUUACUGCCAAAACAUUGUGCCAAAACCAUUAGCCAAGCAGUGAACAAAAAGUCAAAGAAACAGACGGGUAAGAAAGGAGAACCAGAAAGAGAAAAACCAGGAGUAGAAAGCAUGAGAAAAAAUAGGCUGGUAGUGACCAACCUGGACAAAUUGCACACAGCACUUUCUGAACUCUGCUUUUCUAUCAAUUAUGUUCCAAACAUGAUCGUAUGGGAGCACACCUUUACCCCAAGGGAGUACUUAACUUCUCACUUGGAAAUUCGUUUUACCAAGUCAAUUGUUGGAAUGACAAUGUAUAAUCAGGCAACACAAGAAAUUGCAAAACCUUCAGAACUCUUAACGAGUGUCAGAGCUUACAUGACAGUGCUCCAGUCAAUAGAAAACUAUGUACAGAUUGACAUCACAAGAGUAUUUAAUAAUGUCCUUCUUCAGCAAACCCAGCAUUUAGAUAGUCAUGGGGAGCCAACCAUCACCAGUCUAUACACAAAUUGGUAUCUGGAAACUUUGCUAAGGCAAGUCAGUAAUGGCCAUAUAGCCUAUUUCCCUGCGAUGAAGGCAUUUGUGAACUUGCCUACUGAAAAUGAGCUGACAUUUAAUGCAGAAGAAUAUUCAGAUAUCUCAGAAAUGAGAGCCCUGUCAGAACUCCUGGGUCCAUACGGCAUGAAGUUCUUGAGUGAAAGUCUUAUGUGGCAUAUUUCCUCACAGGUUGCUGAACUCAAGAAACUUGUGGUUGAGAAUGUUGAAGUACUAACACAAAUGAGGACCAGUUUUGAUAAACCAGAUCAGAUGGCAGCUCUCUUCAAAAGAUUGUCAUCUGUUGACAGUGUUUUGAAGAGGAUGACUAUUAUUGGUGUUAUUUUAUCAUUCCGAUCACUUGCACAAGAAGCGCUUAGAGAUGUCUUAUCCUAUCACAUUCCUUUCCUUGUAAGUUCAAUUGAAGACUUUAAGGAUCACAUUCCAAGAGAGACUGAUAUGAAGGUUGCCAUGAACGUAUAUGAGCUCUCAUCAGCUGCAGGGCUCCCGUGUGAGAUAGAUCCUGCCCUUGUUGUUGCUCUUUCUUCUCAAAAAUCAGAAAAUAUUAGUCCAGAGGAAGAAUAUAAAAUUGCUUGCCUUUUGAUGGUCUUUGUGGCUGUCUCCUUACCAACUUUGGCUAGCAAUGUGAUGUCUCAAUACAGUCCUGCCAUUGAAGGUCACUGCAACAAUAUCCAUUGCCUGGCGAAAGCAAUCAAUCAGAUCGCUGCAGCCUUAUUUACCAUUCACAAGGGAAGCAUUGAAGAUCGUCUCAAAGAAUUUUUGGCUCUUGCCUCCUCCAGUCUACUAAAAAUUGGCCAGGAGACGGACAAAACCACUACAAGGAACAGAGAAUCUGUUUACUUACUUCUUGACAUGAUUGUGCAGGAGUCUCCCUUCCUGACGAUGGAUCUUCUGGAGUCCUGCUUUCCCUACGUAUUGCUACGGAAUGCGUACCAUGCUGUCUACAAGCAAAGUGUCACAUCCUCUGCCUGAAUAUAUACUUAUCUGGAGACCAAUUAAGCACGCCUCUAUGUUGCCUCAGUUUUACUUGUAAACUGUGGAGCUGUUUUAUUUUAUGGCCUGGCAGAGUUUUGUGGAUUCUAAACUUUUUCCCAAUGCAGUUGUAUUUCUGACCAGUGGUUUCUUAAUAUGGUUGUAUUGCAAUAUAAGCUUGGCUGAUUUUAGGUUGCACAUUUGCUGAAAUUAUUCCUUUUUUUUUUCUUUUCUUUUUUAGAGUCUCAAUUCUGUUCAAAAGAGAAAUACUGAAGUUACGUUUUUUCAUAUUUGAUCAUGCAGAAAUCAUAAUGGCUUGUUUAUCUCCAUGAAGAACUCUAUUUAGUGGUUAUUUUAGUGUUCCUAGUUUUCAUCUGUGUGUAAAUUAUUUCAUAUAGGGAGAAUUACAACUUGUACCUAUUGUUCUUAUCAGAAAAAGAUCUGGAUGUGCAUUUCUGUGAACUACAGCAUUUUUACUUUAUUUUUUGAAACAUUCACUCAGAUUAAUGACAGAUGCUAUCUAAUAUUUUAGAAAAAAAAGUUACAGGACUGCUUAUCCUUAAUCUUCUCCAUGAAAUCUGAAAUGGCAAAAAGUGAUUUUGUUUGUAUAAAGCCUACAUAGUGAAAUUUUUUAAGACUAAUGUCCAUGGUGCCCCGUUGGCAUUAACACUACAUUGUACCCUCCUGUAUAAUAAACAUUCUUAUGCAUUAUCAAAUGUUGAUAAAAUGUUAGCCCUUAACCACUUUUUAUAUGUUUUAAAUUUUUGAAAUUCAAGUGUAUCUUCCAUUACAUACAAUAAACACUACACUGAAUGA